AUGAAGGAUGAUAUUAUGAAAUUCAUGCAAGAGUUUCAUGAUAAUGGUGUAUUGGGUAAUGGAAUCAAUUGUUCUUUUGUGACCCUCGUUCCCAAGAUAGCGAGCCCAGAAGCAAUUACAGACUUUAGACCUAUCAGCCUAAUCAGUUCAAUCUAUAAAGUGGUGGCUAAAGUUUUGGCCAACAGGAUGAAAGUAGUGGUGCCAAAAAUCAUUGAUAGAGUUCAAUCAGCAUUCUUAAGUGGUAGGAAUAUUAUGGAUGGUGUUCUUGUUGCAAAUGAGAUUGUGGAUUGGUGGAAGAAGACUAACAGAAAGGGGCUAAUCAUUAAGUUGGAUUUCGAAAAAGCCUAUGACACUGUCAACUGGAAUUUCCUUUUUCAAAUGCUAGAGAAUUUUGGUUUUGGACCUACCUGGACCAAAUGGAUAAAGGAAUGCAUUUCUUCUGCUAGAGUGUCAAUUCUUGUUAAUGGGUCACCAUCAACAGAGUUUUGCCCUCAAAAAGGUUUAAGGCAAGGUGAUCCUUUAUCCCCUUUCUUGUUUAAUGUUGUAGCUGAGGGUCUGAAUAUACUCAUAUCAAGAGCUAAAGAUAUGGGUUUGGUUAGAGGUAUAUCUGUAGGUGCCAAUGGGUUGAAUAUAUCUCAUUUACAAUUUGCUGAUGAUACAGUGCUGUUUUGUGAGGCUGAAGGGUCACAAAUUUUGGCUAUAAAAAGAAUCCUUAGGUGUUUUGAAGUAAUUUCAGGACUAAGGAUCAAUUUUUCCAAAAGUGUUGUGUGUGGGGUGGGUGUGGCAGAAGUGGAGGUUGAUGAGUUUGCAAGGAAAUUGAAUUGUUUAAGCACGAAAUUACCAUUGAAGUAUCUAGGAUUACCACUGGGAGCCAGCCCUAGCAGGAGGUUGACUUGGAGGCCAGUUGUAGAGAAUUUCAAGAAAAAGUUAACUGGGUGGAAGAGAAGAGUGUUAUCUUUUGCUGGUAGAGUCACACUCAUUAAGUCCGUGUUGUCUGCUUUACCUGUGUAUUACAUGUCUCUUUUUAAAAUACCUGCGUGUGUUGCUAAAGAGUUGGAUAGGAUUCAAGCAUCAUUUUUGUGGGGUGACUCUGAGCGUAGUAGGAAGUUGCAUUUAGUCAGGUGGAAAGAAGUGUGCAUGAGUGUGAAACAAGGAGGGCUGGGGAUCAAAAACAUCAGCUUAGCCAACGAUAGUUUGCUCUUAAAAUGGUGGUGGAGAUAUGGGCAAGAGGAUGAGGCACUAUGGAAGAUGGUUAUUUGCGAAAAGUAUGGUUCAGAUGGGGGUAGAUGGUUCCCUGAUAAGGAAGCUCAUGGUCCUAUAUCCCAGAUUUGGAAAGACAUCUUAUCAGUGGCGCAGAGAAAUGGCAGUAUUAUCCAAUUUUACAAGGAUAAUGUGGAAAUCUUAAUAGGUAAUGGGCAAAGAAUUAGUUUCUGGAGAGACAAUUGGUUGGGUUCAACAAAUCUUUUAAGCCAAUUCCCUAGAUUAUUCCAGUUGGUUAAUGAUAAAGAGAUUUCCCUGAAUGUUCAAGUAGCCAGAAGAGUUAGUCAAUCUGGGUGGGCUUUCAACUUCAACAGACCACUUCGGGCUUGGGAAGAAGGAGAGCUGGUCAGGUUAACCACUGCUCUGGGGUCAGGCCCUCUUCUCAGAAGUGAUGUAGCUGACAGUUUGGGUUGGAAGGCUGCUCAGCCAGGUACUUUUAAGGUUAAUGCUGUUUAUGCUUGGGGUAUGCUCAAUGAUGGUCCUACUCACAGAUCAGUCGAUCUUAUCUGGAAUAAUUUUUCCCCACCGAAAGCAAAAUUUUUUUCUUGGCUAGCUUGGAGAGGAAGAUUGAAAACCAAAGAUUUGCUUCAUAGGGUUGGAAUUCUAGAGGGGGAAGAAGUCCUUAAUUGUAUAUUCUGUCAGGAGGCCAGAGAAUCUCUUGACCAUGUUAUGCUUCACUGUUCUUUUACUUGGAAAAUUUGGUCUGCUAUUAUCGAUUGGUGGGGUAUACAAUGGGUUAUUCCCAAAUCCAUAGAGGGUCUCUUAAUCUGGUGGCUGGGUUGGAAGUUUAGGAAAAAAGUAAAUCUGGUGUGGAAGACCCUCCCAGCAGCAGUGUUGUGGUCUGUGUGGAGUUAUAGAAAUGAGUGUGUGUUUAAGGCAGUCCAACCCAAUUUUCAGGCCCUGUGUGAAUGUAUCAAGGUGAGGUUAGCAAUGUGGAUGAGAUCUCAAUUCAGGGAUGCUUCAUUUUCUGUUAAUGAUGUCGUGUUUAAUUUUUCACAAGUCAGGUGUGCUGGUAGUCAGCCUUCUGAAUUGGCCAUUGUUGCAGCACAAUUCUGGUUUGCUCCUGCAGAUGGGCUCACAUUCUUUCUUGUUCCUUAUGAUUCCACUCCCAAUAUCACAGCAGGCGCUGCCAUGGGUCUUCCAGCCAACCUAACCACCGGCAAAGCGUUCAGUGCCUUUGUUGCUGUGGAGUUUGAUACCUAUUGCAAUAACAAGUUCGACCCAACCAACAAAACUCAUGUAGGUAUCAAUAUCAACUCUCUCAAUUCUAGUGCUUAUGCAGUAUGGAACAGUAACAUGACAGAUGCGCCGAAGGUGCCCUUAGUUUCGUGGUUGAUCUGA